ACACACUAUAGGUCGUCGCAUGGUUUUGUCGUUUUCUAUAUUCUUGCCCUGUUUCGUGACGCCAUCUUUAGUCGACAAGAAACGAUGGGUCAAAGUCAGAGUGGAGGCCAUGGUCCAGGAGGAGGCAAGAAGGAUGACAAGGAUAAGAAGAAGAAGUAUGAACCUCCCAUUCCCACCAGAGUGGGCAAAAAGAAGAAGAAGACAAAGGGUCCCGACGCCGCUAGCAAACUUCCACUCGUUACGCCUCACACUCAGUGCCGUCUAAAGCUGCUGAAGCAGGAACGGAUUAAAGACUACCUGCUGAUGGAGGAGGAGUUCAUCAGGAACCAGGAGCAGAUGAAGCCUCUAGAAGAGAAACAGGAGGAGGAAAGGUCAAAGGUGGACGAUCUGCGAGGAACCCCCAUGUCAGUAGGCACUCUGGAAGAAAUCAUUGAUGACAACCACGCCAUUGUGUCCACCUCAGUGGGAUCAGAGCAUUAUGUCAGCAUCCUGUCCUUUGUGGACAAAGACCUGCUGGAGCCUGGCUGCUCCGUCCUGCUAAACCACAAGGUUCAUGCUGUGAUUGGGGUUCUGAUGGACGACACCGACCCCUUAGUGACUGUGAUGAAAGUGGAAAAAGCUCCUCAAGAAACCUACGCUGACAUAGGCGGACUGGACAAUCAGAUCCAGGAGAUUAAGGAGUCUGUGGAGUUGCCACUCACACAUCCUGAAUACUACGAGGAGAUGGGCAUCAAGCCUCCCAAAGGGGUCAUCCUUUAUGGACCCCCUGGCACAGGCAAGACUCUGCUUGCCAAAGCUGUGGCCAAUCAGACCUCAGCCACCUUCCUGCGCGUGGUUGGCUCGGAGCUGAUCCAGAAGUACCUCGGAGACGGACCCAAGCUUGUGCGAGAGCUCUUCAGGGUGGCAGAGGAGCACGCCCCGUCCAUCGUCUUCAUCGACGAGAUCGACGCCAUCGGCACCAAGAGGUACGACUCGAACUCUGGGGGUGAAAGAGAGAUCCAGAGGACCAUGCUGGAGUUGCUCAACCAGCUGGACGGCUUCGAUUCCCGGGGAGACGUCAAAGUGAUCAUGGCCACCAAUCGGAUAGAAACGCUGGACCCGGCCCUCAUCCGACCCGGGAGAAUCGACAGAAAGAUCGAGUUUCCUCUGCCGGAUGAGAAGACCAAAAGAAGAAUCUUCCAGAUCCACACCAGCCGGAUGACUGUAGCAGAUGACGUCACCCUGGAUGACCUCAUCCUGGCAAAAGACGACUUAUCAGGAGCAGACAUUAAGGCCAUCUGCACAGAGGCAGGCCUCAUGGCGCUGAGAGAGCGCCGCAUGAAAGUCACCAACGAAGACUUCAAAAAGUCCAAGGAGAACGUCCUGUACAAGAAGCAGGAGGGCACACCGGAGGGCCUUUACCUUUAACGCCCAGAGCUUGUUAUCGUUUUCGUUCCUCCCACACCAACCCUUCCUUCUCCAUUUAUCAGGGUGAGGAACAGCGACAUCAGCUUUUGUGCACGUCAUGUUUUGCUCCAUCCCACUCCCCUGUUAUUGUUAUUUGUUAAAACAGUUAAUAAAAGUGAUAAAUAGAAACCAU